AUGAAGUCCGUACUUCGGAUUUGCAUUGUUUGGAUAUGCAUUUAUGCAAAUAUCUCCACUCAGGCGGACAUUUUACCUUCGUUAACAGGCAUGUUUCCGCCAAUUUUUCAACCAGACGGGUUGGUGAAAAAAAUUAUGGACACCCCCAGAGAUCUGACGAAUAUUUGGAGUGCAUUGAAAAUGCCAACGCUCAACAAUCAAAUUACCGUUUCAACAAAACCGUACGUGAAUGUAUCUAGAAAUUACUACAAGAGUAAUAUAAAGAACAAGACAGAAUUGAACAAACGUUCGAAACGAUCAAAAACUACUAAAACAACCAAUGAACUCAUUACGGAGUUACUUCGAUUAUCAUCAGAAGAAUCGAAUCAAAGCGGUGAUUGCCACCAAACAAUAUCGAAAAUAAGGAAGCUGAUUGCCCAAUUGGAGCCCAUUUUACUACUAAUAUCGCACCUAAAAGAAGAUAUUUCAAAUAUCAACGAGAAAACUGAAGAAACUACGCAAAAUAUGAAUGUAGAAGACCAAACGAAAGCUUUUCCUAGGGAACAAACCACGCAAGCUCCACGUAAUCUUGAAGCUCAUAUUAGAAACAUCUUAAUGCAAAAUAGUGCAGAAACCCCAAUUACUGAGGGUAAGGGAAAAUCUAAACACAUAAAAAAACACAGUGAAGAAACUACUACAGAAAGGUCUACUUCUACUAAAAGAAGCCCAAAAUUAGCUGAAACUUCACAACCUGCAGUAAUCGAUAGCUCAACGAAAGUUUCGCAUACAGUUCACAAAGAAACACCUACAACAAGAAGACACAAAUUCCAUAAAAAAUCUAAGGCAAUAAAAGAAAAUGAUGAUGAGUUUCAAGAGGAAUCUGAGUUAACAGUCACAAAAAAUCCCCAAAAAAGGCAUGCCAAGAAGAAGAAAACUCGCCACGUUAGAGAAACUAAAUAUUCAACUACUCCAACUCCUAUCGAAGAAGCCACUGAAGAUAAUCCAAGAAAAUCCGACGAACCGACCACAAUAGAAGCCACGUUACUUACAACUCCUGCUAAAGAAACCAAUCACUCAACAGAUUCCACUCCAAAUUCAGAAAUUUCUACUCAACGUAUAAAUGUUGAAACCACUUCAACAUCCACUCCAACUAAAGAUUCACUCGCAGAAACUACUACAAUAUCUUCUUUAACUGAACCAAGUACCACCAAGAAGUCUAAUGAAGAAAUUAAUGAUACCACUGUUACUACAAUUUCACCUACAAGCACUAAUAUUCCGAUUAAGGAAGCCACAACUGCAAAAAUCGAAACUUCAAUUCAACCAACAAGCACAGAUAGUCCUGUUGAAAAUUCUACUCCAGCGAGUGUACUGAAAAAUACAGUUGACUCCACUAUAAAGUCUUCAACAGUUACAGAACAGAACAAAAUUGAAACAACAACUAAAAGACCUGAAGAUGUCACCACAGUAAAAACAACAAACCUUCAGGAAGAUAAAAAAGUAAAUCUUCCAAAAUUAACUCAACAAGAUAACUCUGCUAGUGUUACCGAAGGACCUGGAAUUACUUCAUUGGUAAAAAACGCACUUCAAUCCAAAACUCAUUCCAGAAGAAAACGUUCGGAAAAUGUCGACAAAACACCAUCAAUCAAAGACAAAUCGAAGCUGAAAAUCGACCUCAACGAAUUGCCCGAAUUUGUUAGAACGUUGUCGAUUCAACAGGCAAUUAACCAGGAAUUUGAUGGAAACCAUAAACCCGCUCCGAUUCCACUAACCAUAAAACUGGACAAUGCGAUAUCGAAACCCGUUAGGAAUCAGAAAAAGGAAAACAUUAGCUUGAAAAAUCGAUUGAGAUUGAUAGAAGAAAAUUAUCAGAAGAUCCAUAAGAAAAAUAGAAAGUUGCUCGAAAGGCAAAAGCUCUUGGAACAUCGUUUCAGGAGAGAAGGAAAUUAA